UGAAAAUCGCGAAUGUUGUUGGAACAUUUCGCCUUGUUUUGCCCCGUUUUAUCACGACAGCGAUGCCGAUCACUAGCGACCAGAUCCGGGAACGGUUUCCUCUCCACUGGCUCGUCUGGCACAACAAGUUUCACGAACUGCUCGAGGUGCUUCGAGAAAAUCAGCAUGACCUUGAGCGUAUGGACCCACGAGGACGGACAGCGCUGCACCUGGCCGUGACCCUGGGUCACCUGGAGAGUACGCGAGCCUUACUGAGUCACGGUGCACUGAUCAGUACUGAGAACGCAUGUGGAUGGACAGUGUUGCAGGAGGCAGUGAGCACAGGAAACCCAGAGAUGGUACAGCUGACCCUGAAGCACAGGGACUUCCAACGAGCCUCUCUCAGGAUAGACGGGGUGCCGGAACUCUUGGCUAAACUACGAUCUACCCCUGAUUUCUAUGUUGAGAUGAAAUGGGAGUUCACAAGUUGGGUUCCCCUUGUGUCCCGCAUGUGUCCCAGCGACACGUACAAGCUCUGGAAGAAAGGCAGCUAUGUCCGUGUUGACACCACUCUGCUGGGGUUCGACCAGAUGUCCUGGCAGCGAGGCAGCAGGAGCUACAUCUUUAAAGGGGAAGUGGACUCUGCCACGCUGAUGGAGGUGGACCAUGACCGCCAUCUGGUGUUUGUGGAGAGCCUACAGAUGAACGGCCCCCAGCUCAGUCCGGACGCCAUGACGCCUACGGACGACAUCGUCUGCGCCCGCAUGGCCCAGCCCAUCGUCACCGUUCACAUGGAGACGAAGAACAUCGCGUUUGAGAGAACCAAGUCUGGGAUAUGGGGAUGGCGAAGCGACAAGAGUGAAACUGUCAAUGGAUAUGAUGCAAAGGUAUUUGGUGCACAUAAUGUUGAAGUGGUGACCAGAACCAGAACUGAGCACUUAACUGAAGAAGAGAAGGAAAGAACAAGAGAAGCAAAUAAAACACCUUUCCAGUCCUUCCUUGGUAUUGUGGAGGAACAUGAAGAGAACCUGAAGGGUGCAGAGGGGAACGAAACCCUGGUUUUCUCCAACCCAACCAACCCGACUAACAUCAUGGCAGAGGAGUACUUUGACCAGGAGUUUGACCUGGGUGAGAGAGACAUUGGCAGACCCAUUGAACAAACCACAAAAACACAGAAGUUCAAGGCUACGCUGUGGCUGUGUGACCAGUUUCCUCUGACUCUACAGGACCAGCUCCUGCCAAUCAUCGACCUGAUGGCGCGCAGUAACGCACACUUCGCUCGCCUCAAGGAUUUCAUCACUCUACAGCUUCCAUCUGGCUUCCCAGUCAAGAUAGAAAUCCCGCUGUUCCACGUGCUGAAUGCUCGCAUCACGUUUGGGAACCUGAACGGGACAGAUGAAGCAGUGGACGGAGUGGCGGCCAUCAAAGUGGAGUCCCCUACUGAGGAGGAAGUGGAAUCACCCACUGAGGAGGAGACACUGCUGGCUGCCACUCCAGGAGCUACCAAGAUGGUCUGUGACAUUGACCCCAUGACCUUUGAGGCUCCUCUUGGUUAUAACCAAGUCCAGGCCUCGGGUCGGAGGGAACGCAGGCGUCACCAUGACGAGGACGACGCCCUGCUCCAGUUUGCCAUCCAGCAGAGCCUGUUGGAGGCUAAUGGUGCCGUGGUUGGUGAUCAGAUGACCAUGCUGGAAGCUCUUGGAGCUACAACUCCAGAAGAAUAUGAAAAUGAACAACUUCAGAGGGCUAUCCAAGAGAGUUUGAUGUUGUCUCAGGGUGAGUCCAUUCCAGAGGCUGCAGCGGGGGAGCCCAGCCCUGCCCCUGUGGUCCAGCCCAUCGCCGAGGCCCCGCCCGACGACAUGGACACACAACUCAGACUGGCGCUGGAGAUGUCAGCCAAGGAGCAGGCAGAGGCAGACAGACGACGAAAGGAAGAAGAAGAAGAGCUAGAAAGGAUUCUCCAGUUGUCCCUUACUGACAAAUGAUGGUACAGCCCUGCCUAUCCAGGCCUGCAGGCAACCCUGAACACCCCCGCUUAUCAAAUGUGUUGGUUCCAGGUCAGAUGACCCAAGACAGUGAUUUUUUGCUACAUAAUAUACCAUGAUGCAGUAACUGAUUUCAGACUUAACAUAAGUUGCGUAUUAUAAAGGCAGUGUGUACUGACUAAAUUCAUGAUUGAUGAUUUUUGGCCAAAAGCUUCUCAUUUUAGUCCUUUUUUUUCUAGUACAUCAAGAAAAAAAAAUGUACUUGUAUUAAGAAUUAAGAUGUUUUUGCAUCUAGAGACAAGAUGAAAGCUAUUCCAUUGCUAUUAGGGGGUCAUAAGUUGUUUGGGGACUUGCCCCCCCCCCCCUCUUGUCAGUAGGAAAGGUGGACUUUAUUUCCAAAUGAUGUGAUUGAGUGGUUAGAAGAAAGCCACAAGCUUUAGGAUGUACAUUACGAGUAUAUUGUAUUUACAUUCAUUUUGUAUGUUUAUCUCAUGUUCUGUUAUUCAUAUUCUGUAUAUUUCAGAUAUUCUAUUUUAAAAUGCAGUAAAUAUGAAAGCUCAAAUUGUUGUUUGUUACUUUGCAAAAACAUCCAAGUGAUUUUAGUAGGAAUGAACUAAAUACAGGUGCGUAGAGGCACGGAAGUGAUAACAAAGAAAUUAAACACCUGAGAGAUUUUGAAAUGGUUGUACUUUUCACCUAUACUAUAGGGUGAGGAAAAAUGAGUGUACAACAAAACAGCAACAUCAACUGAAAAUGAUGAUUGCCAAAAUAGUUAUAAUCAAAUCAAGAACAAUUUUGUUUUUGUGUUUACACUUGUUUGUUUACUAUGUCCAAGAUGUCAUUUCUCCACCACAUCUACAUAAAUAUCAUGUGGUGCUAAUGAUCAAGAGUUGGUGGUUGUACGCCUAGUACGUACUAGUACAUAGUCCAUGGUACAUGUACAUUGUGUAUCCAGGACUAUAGAUUGGCUAGAUUGAAUAUUGAAUGUUACUAUUUCAUUUGACCACUGUUUAUUUUUCCAAAAUAUUACGACUUUUCCAAUUCAUGAGCAGUGAAAUUCCUUCUAAAAUCUUACAUGUAAGAGAGAGAAAAAAGAAAGAUACGACAAGCACUAUGAUUGAGAUGUUAGAAUUGCGUCCUCCAUGUGAGAGGAAGAUAGUGUUCUGAAUGAUGUAGUCAUUGUAGCACUGUAGAUCUUUGCUUUAUGAUGUGUACUGUUCUAAUACUGUUCAAGAACUGUUAUGGUAUGACGGAAGAAGCAUGAAACAAUAAUAUACCUCCUCAUGUACUGCCUAGUAAGUUGUACAUAUUCAAAAGGGAUGUUCAAGGUCGUAAUGUGAGUUGGGGGGCACAGAAGGGUAGGUCAGUUGCAAUGUUAUGUAAUAUACUAGAAGUUUAGCAGUAUCUUAUAGCUGUAUCAGUAUGUCUGUUAUUACUGCAACAGGCAGUUAUUGGUAUAUUUAUAGGUCAGAAAAAUCAUAACUAAUGGCUUGUGUUUCAGCUUUUUACAAAAAUAGCAUGUUCUGAUUUACAAUUUAUCUAGUUUCAAAGAGAACGAUAGAAAGAAGAGUAUAAGAUUGGAAACAUCUUCGCAUUUCAGUGAAAAAAAGUUCUGUUAGGUUUUUUUUACAUCAGCCAACUCAGUCAUGGAUGUUUGGCAACCCACUGGUCCUGUUGCUUGAUGGGAAUACCUACAGUUGCAUGAUGGGAAAACCUACAGUUGCAUGAUGGGGAAACCUACAGAAUGUCAUUAGCUGUGAAUUCUACUGUCAUAAGUACAUGUAUGUGUGUUACUCUGAAGGGCAAUAAGCAGACAUAGAUGUUACUGGUAGUCUAUUUCUUCCACUCAAUACAAUGUCUGUACAAUACUGGAAAAUGAGUUUGGAAAAUGUCACAAUGAAAUGAUACCAAGGAGGUUGAAAAGGGACAUUUCAACUUCCUUGAAUGAUACAUAACAAUUUAGUUUGUAUAAGACUAUGUUCAAUUCAAAUUGUGUAUUUUGUAUAUUUUCUCUGCAAAUCAUAUAUACUUGUAUGCCAAUGCUUUCAUAUUACCAAUAUGGUUAUGUUUUGUUGCUCUCACUGUCAUUAAUGUUGAUUGUGGAAUGAGUUGUGGAAAAAAAGUUAAAAGAGAAUUUAUACUAGUAGUGUUUUCACCUAUUUAAAAGUGCAAUAACAUAUCUCUUUAAAGUUGUAAUUAUGUAUAUCUGUAUGUAUUUAAGUGUCUUAGUUGCUGGUUAUGUCUUUACUCUCACAAAGUUUAAGGGCUGAAGAAGAAACAUGCAUAGAAACUAUGCUAUUUACCAUGUCACUACACACUGCAAAGUAGGCUGACAAUUAUGAAUACUAGGAAGUAUUAUUAUCAGUAGGAGUAGCACAUUUACUGACCAUUGCAUCUAUUAUAAACUACCACUGUGCAAAGGUAGCUGUAAAUAAAUUAAUAAAUGAGAAUACUCGC